AUGGUUUUUAUAAGCAUUGGCAACAAUGCAGCACAAGAAACAACCACAAUUAUCAUAGCAGGCACUACAACUAUAGUAACAGAUACAACAACAACAACGGCAAUAGCAACGGAAACUACAACAACUACCAUUGCGAAUGCUAUUACAACAACGACGGCAAUAGCAACGGAAACAACAACAACUACCAUCGCGAAUGCUAUUACAACAACAACGGCAAUAGCAACGGAAACAACAACAACUACCAUCGCGAAUGCUAUUACAACAACAACGGCAAUAGCAACGGAAACAACAACGACGACGGGAGUAGCAGCGGGAACAACAACUACCAUCGCGAAUGCUGUUACAACAACGACGGCAAUAGCAACGGAAACAACAACGACGACGGGAGUAGCAACGGGAACAACAACAACAACUACCACAAUACAAAGCACAUCGACUACGGUCAAAUCGAAUACGACAACGACAUCAACGACUACGGUCAAGUCGACUACCACAUCUACAACAUCAUCAACAUUGAGAUCCAACGCAACGGCAUUUAAUGCUACUUCUAGUAGUGUAACUCUAGGUAAAAUACAAUCAAAUAUUCAUCUAUGGGUUUCUGGAAUUACCUUGUGUAGAUACAUUUUAUCUCAUAUUUAUAUCUAA